AUGAUCGACUGCUUCGCUCGUCUCAACAGCUUGCCUCUCAUAAGUGUUGCACUUGUUCAAGGUACCAAUUGAAAGAUAAAAAUUCACAUUGUCAUAAUAGUUACUAAUCCUAAUGUCUCAUUUUUAUUUUAGUUAGUUGACAUGUUUUUAAUAAUUGUAAAGCGCUUAGAGCUUUAAGGUAAAAUAUAUAUAAAAAUUCCUAAAUAAAUAAAUAAAUACAUUUCAAAUAAACCCCCAUGAAUGUUGUAUGAAGGUCUGCACCACGGCGACCCGAAAGCUUGUAAAGAAGCAAACUACACCGUCGUUGUUGUUGUUUUUUUUUCUCUCUAUCAACCACUUUAGCAUAAAUGGUGGACUGUUAUAUUCUGAAAGCUUUUUCUUGAAAUUUUGAUCAAUUCAUAUAUUUUUUUACAUUUAUUCUUUAAGUAGCUUCUAUUUUGUCAAUGUAUUUUUGUUUAAUUGCUUGAGUGGUCAUUUUAUAAUCUAUAAACCGUGUGGUUCACUGGAGCCACAUACAUCCCUAGUAAUGGUGUCACCCGAUGCUGUAAACUAAUAGUGUCAGCGUCCCUGCCCCCCCCCCCCACACUUUUUUUUUCCGGAAUCCUCACAGCAGGGGCAUCCUUUCUGUUUUUUUCAUGGGGUUGGGGGGGGGGGGCAAAACUUAGUCAGCUUGUGGUGUUGCUCAUUACUGAAGGCGUCACAGUACAAAGGAAUUUAAAUAAAACCUGCAAAGUCAGGGAGGGGGGCCCUGUGGCCCGGACCCAAUUAGUUCUUAACAAUAUCAUACAUUAUCUCUUAAACAAAACUUAUUUAUUUGUAAAUUAAGUCUUAAACAAAAAUUAUCUUUUUGUAAAUUAAGUCUUAAACAAAAAUUAUUUUUUUGUAAAAUAAGUCUUAAACAAAAAUUAUUUUUUUGUAAAUUAAGUCUUAAACAAAAAUUAUUUUUUUUGUAAAUUAAGUCUUAAACAAAAAUUAUUUUUUUGUAAAUUAAGUCUUAAACAAAAAUUAUUUUUUUGUAAAUUAAGUCUUAAGCAAAAAUUGAUAAAAAAAAAAAGACAUAAUAAAAAAAAACCCAUAGCAUUUGAGGUAACAGCGUUUAGUUUAAAAAUGCACCAAAAUGACCUUUUUCAUUGAAACAUCAAUCUUAACUUUAACAACUUGACUUUCCCAGUCUUCAAAGAUGAGAACCUGUCAUCUCUUCAUCAACGUUAGCUUUCCCUCUUCUUAAAGAUCCCCUUCAAAUUUUCAAAUGUCAAAAUUCCAAGACCAGAAAAACUGAAUAGUUUCAUGUUAUAUCGCAAAUUGCUCUUUCCAAGUUUCGCGUACUGGUGCGAAGGGUGUGUGUGCGUGUGAGUGUGUGUGUGGGGGGGGGGGGGGGGGGUAGGGGUUGCAGAAAGUAUGAACAUUUAUUUUAUUAAUUAUCCUGAAAAUCUUGACACUCUCUAAUAUUAUCUUUCUAAUUUUUGAAAAUACCAAUGUUUACCAAAACAUCUGUGAAAUUCAUGACAUUAAUUUUUUUUUUUUAAAGUCUUAAAAUAAUUUUUUUAUUAAUCGUCAUACUGUUUCUUUGUGUGACCUAAUUUAUGACUGUGUUGGGGUGGCGAUGGAUGGACCCACGAAACAAAUUUUAACAUGCUUACGGCUACAGCAGUGCCUCCCAAACAUUUAUUUUACCCUAAGCAACAAGUGAAUACCUACAUUGUUUAAAUGCACACCCCCCCCCCGCCCCACUCCCCGCAAAAAAAAAAAAAGAUUAAAAAAGAAAAAGGAGAAAGAGAAAAAAAACAUUCUUAUUCUUAUGGCUGGGUUUGAUAGAAAUUGCAUUUCAGUUUUUCUUCCUUUUAGAGUAAGUAUUUAAAGUAGGUCUUGAGAUUUACAAUUGUAAGAUAAAACUAACAAAAAUAAAUAAAAUAUUUUAUAGUAAUAUAUGAAAAACAUAAAGGUGGUUUAUUUUUUAAAAUCCUUCAUGUUUUAACUUUAACAUUGCAAACCCAAUAUUUUGAAACAAAUUCAUUUGUCAUUUCUUAGCAUUGGCAUUAUAGCAUGUAUCGGGUUAGUUCCUAGGCAUAAGGGGUGGACCGGGUGGUGCUUAAAAAGGACAGUGUCAUCAAGGGGGUCUAAUAUUUUACUAUUUUUGUGUACCGGUACGUAAUAUAAUGUUGACUCUAAAAUAUAACUAAUUAGAUUAAAAUCAACCAGAGUUAACCAGAGGAGGACUCGGCAUUGUUUACAUUUGUUGAUAAAUAGCAACCAAAUAUUUAGAGUGAUCUCCCUUGUGAAUUUUUUUUCUAAGAGUUUGGUUUAUAAUAAUUUCUAGGAAAUUUCGCAAAACAAUUAACAAUCAAGGAAACAUGCAGUGGAUCUAUAUUCUAUAUCAAUCCGCAUCAGCGCAAAGAAGAAGAAAAAAAAAAAGCUAGCUUGCGGACGUACACAAUAACAUCCCCUCUCUCCCUCAUUUAAUUUUCUUAAAAUCUUCCAUUGAACGCCGCAUUGUCGUCUCAUCUUUGAUGUCUCAUUGUUGAUGUCUCUCUUUGAUGUCUCAUUGUUGAUGCCUCAUUGUUUAGUCUCAUAUUUGAUGUCUCAUUGUUGACGUCUCAUUGUUUAGUCUCAUCUUUGAUGUCUCAUUGUUGAUGUCUCAUCUUUGAUGUCUCAUUGUUGACGUCUCAUUGUUGAUGUCUCAUUGUUGAUGUCUCAUUUUUGACGUCUCAUUGUUGAUGUCUCAUUGUUGAUGUCUCAUUGUUUAGUCUCAUCUUUCAUGUUUCAUUGUUUAGUCUCAUCUUUCAUGUCUCAUUGUUGAUGUCUCAUUGUUUAGUCUCAUCUUUCAUGUCUCAUUGUUGAUGUCUCAUUGUUGAUGUCUCAUUGUUGAUGUCUCAUUUUUGACGUCUCAUUGUUGAUGUCUCAUUGUUGAUGUCUCAUUGUUUAGUCUCAUCUUUCAUGUUUCAUUGUUUAGUCUCAUCUUUCAUGUCUCAUUGUUGAUGUCUCAUUGUUUAGUCUCAUCUUUCAUGUCUCAUUGUUGAUGUCUCAUUGUUGAUGUCUCAUUGUUGAUGUCUCAUUGUUGAUGUCUCAUUGUUUACGUCUCAUUGUUGAUGUCUCAUUGUUGACGUCUCAUCAGGUCAUGCAUUGGGCGGAGGUGCUGAGUUGUGCGUUGCCUGCGAUUUCAGAGUCAUGGCCUCCACUGCCAGAAUCGGCUUCAUCCACCUGAAAGCUGGUAUCACAGCAUGUGGCGGAGGAACGACACGACUCAUCCGUUUAUUGGGUCGACAGAAGACUUUGGAGUUAUUCUGCUCAGCAAAGCUAGUUUCGGCAGAGGAAGCCCUGCUGAGUGGACUCGUUAGCCGUUUAUUGCCACACUCAUUGUCAACAAGUGAAGAAUUUGUGGAGUGUAAGAAGUGGAUUUUG